GUAUGAAGGUCCUGCGUGUUUGAUUGGUGAUUUCAGUAGAAUCGUGUGUCAUAUUGACUGUAGAAACGCGUCUAUAGCAACAGAUUUGCGACACAAUCAAGAGCACAAAGCGAAACAUCUUUACUAGCGUUAGCUUCGGUGUUAAACACCUGAAAACUGAAGUAAUAAAGCGUCAGUGUGAACUGAAGUCAUUUCUGCAGCACUUCUGUCAUGAUUCAAAUCAUUGCAAUGUGUGAAUAUGAGCGCAAUCAUCUGUCGACUCUCUCGAGACUUUCCGACGACGAUAUCGAUCAUAUUUGGUCGAGCGUGUCGUGUUUUAUUGAAAAACAGAUGUUCCUGCGAAAGGGGGUUUGUGUCUUCGGUCUGGGGACUUUCACAUUCUGUCAGCAGAAACUGAACCUCGGAAACAAACAUAUCCUCAUACAGAGACCCGUUUUCAUCCUGUCAGAGAAACUCUCUCAGUAUUACGGGCUCAAACAGAUCAAACCACAGGCUACAGUUCAGUCAUUAGAAGCAGAACUAACGCGCGUCUCCUCAGACGUGCCCGUGGUGCCGCUCAACUUCUUGGCCGUGAGCGCGCAGAGCCCGUACGACAGAGACGCGGUGGAGGGAUGUGUGCGCGAGACGCUCCAUCUGCUGCUCCGCGCCGCGUGCGCGCGACAGUCUGUCCUUCACACCUUCCCUGGGAUCGGCGUUCUCGCAUUCCGGCAAAGCCGAGUCAAGAUGAUGUUCUACCGUGACUUUAUCUCAGCUGUAGACGGCACUGGGAAACUUUCAGCAGCUUUAACUAACAGACUGGAAACAAGUAACGGUGGAGCAUCUGAGAGACCUUCGAGCUUCACACUGCCCUCCAUAUCUGCAGGAGAACCGCUGAGAGAAGAGCCGCCAGCGGCCCGUCACACUGACCGUGAUGAUGGACGGGAGAGUCGGCCGGCAGCCGGAGAGACGGAGACUGACCUCACAGACGGGCUGCUGGACAAGAGUCCGUCAAACACUGACCGAGAUGAGGAUGUCUCAGGACCAGCAGGUGGCGCUGUCAGCAUCAGGACACCAGAGAGAAGCGCUGCAGGUGUGAAUGUGACGUGCGCUGACCACAGACGCGCCGGACAGGAGUUGUGUUACGUCUGCAUGCAGCGAGCGCAGAGAAACCUUCCCGUCUACCUGUCCGAGGAGAGCCGGAGAGCCGAGCGGGAACAAGAGCGGGUUUUAAUGCUUAAUCAACAUCAGAAAGAUCUACAGUACUUCCAGAAAGAAGAGACGGACAGACAGAAGAAGAGGGCAGACGGUCAGAAGGUGGCGGCGUUUAAUCUGGGUGUGGCAGAAGCUCAGAGACGCAGGAAAGCAGCCACAUGCAGCCAAUCACAUGGCUCGUACAUCUUUGCGGGUCGACCCUGUACCGCAGAACGUCUACCGCAGCAGAGACGCUUCAUGCAGGAGCUGAUGCAGGAGGCCUGCAGACGCAGACAGAUGCAGACGCAGACGCAGCAGGAACAACAGCGACUGGACAGACUGCAUCUGCUGCAGAUGUCUGAAGAGAUGGCAUUGAAACGAUCUCAACAGCUUCAUGAGAAACACGAGAUGGCCAAGACGUACCGAAAGGCACUUGAAGAGCAAAGUGAACACCACAGUUCAGAAACGGCUCCUCACACGCUGGGUUCUGACACGCGGCCCGUAUUUGGGAUGAUGGACUCCAACCCAGAGGCUUUAGCCGAGCAGAGACAGAGAGCACAGAAGAUCUCUGAAGAACUGAUGAAUACGGCCGACGGCAGGAGGAGAGACAUGCUGAAGAAACGCUUGAAUGAGCAGAAGAGAGAAAGAGAAAUAAUACAGAGAGACCACAAAGAAAUGUUAGAAGAGCGAAUCUGUCACUACGAGAAGCGGCGACAGCUGCAGGCCGCAUGUGUGGAGAACUGGCAGCACAGCGCCAACAUGAAACACCAACGAGAACAAGAGGAGCUGAACAUCAGGAGGUUCGGUGGUCAAACUCUGACGGAUCAACUUGGACAAUAUGAGCGCUGCAGCCGAUGCAAACGCAGCACCUCCAACUGCGGCCGGACCAACAUCUUCAGAGACACGAAUUAUGUAUCUGGGUCUCGAUUAAUGCUGUAGACCUCGAAUUUCAACCCGGAUAAUAAAGAGCAAAAUAACAUGAAAAUAGCUCGACCAGUCUAAUGUUUUAUGAUGUAUGUGAGCGUUACAUUUAUCUGUUUAACAAAUAUAUAAUAAGCACUCUCACAACCAAUUAAUUUUACGAUUAACAUCCACACACAGGUCAAGUCACCUUUAUUUCUAUAGCGCUUUAUACAAUACAUAUCCUAUACAAUUUGCCAUUGUUUACACAGAGAUGAAACACAUUUUUAUUCUUUAUCAAAGUCAUCAGUCGCUCACAGCAGCAUUUCAACACUCGAUGAAGAUGAA